AUGGAUUUCCAGAGCUCAGACACUGGCCUGGGGCUGUGCCUGCUGCAGAGACCCCCCAGCCGGGACCCCGUGCACCGGCUGGGUGCUCUCAGCAGCGGGGGCACCCAGGUCCUCACUCAACCUGGGACAGGCCAGUGGGGACCUGGACCCAGAUGGGAGCCCAACCAUGGCCCCAAGGGGCAGGAGGCAGUUGCUAGCAGCAGUGAGAUCCCCUUCACCACCCGCUUCACAGUCCCCCUGCUCUCAGCAUUCCACAUGGCACCUACCAGGGCUGAAGCAGGCUGCUCAAGGGACAUCAUUGCAGGUGGCACUAUCAUGGUGGCAGCAGGAAGCAUCAGCAGCAGAGAGCAGGGAAGCUGUGCAGAGCUCACCUCUCCUGUCUGGAACACCGUCGCCUCCAGCCCAUCCUCUGCCAGACUGAGCAGCAAAAUGCAGCAGCUUCAUCUUCUCUGCCUCAUUCUGCUGGUGCUGGGAUGUGUCCUGGAUGUGCACGGUGGGAACAACGUCCUCGACUGUUGCCUGCGGACGAGGGAGACGCCCAUCCCGCGGAGGAUAGUGCAGGAUUACCGGGUCCAGCUGGUGGAGGAUGGCUGCAACACCCCAGCUGCGGUGUUCAUCACCACAAAGGGCAAGCGCCUCUGUGCCCCCCUCCAAGCCCCGUGGGUCAUUCGCCUCAUAGAGAAGCUGGACACCAGCUCUGCCCGGAAGGCCAAGCCCCAGGGCAAGUAG